CCUGGCUGGCACAGCAUGGAGCACUCAAGCAAGAUGGAGUUUUUCCAGAAGCUAGGCUACGACCGGGAGGAUGUGGUCCGGGUACUGGCCAAGCUGGGCCAGGACGCCCUGGUCAACGACGUGCUGCAGGAGCUGAUCCAGACUGGCAGCCGCCCCGGGGCCCAGCAGAGCAGUGCUGCACCCCUGCUGGUCCCCAGGGGCUCCUGUGGGACCCCAGACUCUGUCCAGCGCGGGCUGGGGGCCGAUCCCGAGGAGGAGUGCGGAGACCCGGCCAGCUCCUUGAGACCUAUCGUGAUCGACGGCAGCAACGUGGCCAUGAGCCAUGGAAAUAAAGAAGUCUUCUCUUGCCGGGGAAUCCAGCUGGCUGUGGACUGGUUCAGGGAACGAGGACACACCUACAUCAAAGUUUUUGUCCCAUCCUGGAGGAAGGAACCGCCAAGGGCUGACACCCCUAUUAGAGAGCAGCAUGUGCUGGAGGAGCUGGAGCGCCAGGCGGUGCUCGUGUACACCCCGUCUCGCAAGGUGAAUGGCAAGCGCGUGGUCUGCUACGACGACCGCUACAUCGUGAAGGUGGCCUACGAGCGGGACGGCGUCAUCGUCUCCAAUGACAACUACCGCGACCUGCAAAGCGAGAACCCCGAGUGGAAGUGGUUCAUCGAGCAGAGGCUGCUCAUGUUCUCCUUUGUCAACGACCGGUUCAUGCCUCCUGACGACCCCCUGGGCCGCCGGGGACCCACCCUGAGCAACUUCCUGAGCAGGAAGCCCAAGCCCCCAGAGCCCUCCUGGCAGCACUGCCCAUACGGCAAGAAGUGCACCUACGGCAUCAAGUGCAAGUUCUACCACCCCGAGCGGCCGCACCACACGCAGCUGGCGGUGGCCGACGAGCUUCGCGCCCAAACGCGCACCUGGCGGGGCGCCGACGAGGAGCGGCCGAGGGCCCGGGCGGAGCAGGGCGGCCCCCGGAGCGCCCCCGCCGCCGCCUGGCCCGGCCCCCGGGAGCCCGGCGCGCGCAGCCUGCCCCCGGCGCGGCGGCGGCCCGACGUGGUGGGCCUGGAGGGGGGCCUCUCCCGGCUCGCCCUCAGCGACGACCCGGGCACCUUGGGGGCGCCCCCUCCCGGCCUCGCGCCCCGGCCACGCUGCCCCGAUUGGGGGGCGCCCGCGGCUCCCCUGUCCCUGCCAGCUCCGCCCGGCCUCCCGAACCCCCGGAGCCAGUCGGGCCCGCUGGUUCGGCCACGGGCUGGGGGCCGCCUCGGGGACCCGCAGAGGGACCUGCUACCCCAGGCAAGGCCGCCCACCGACUCGUGGUCCCGCCAGCACGGGGCCGCCCGGGGGCCGGGGCGCGAGGCCUGGGCGGAGCUGAGCUGGGGCGAAGGCGCCUUCUGGGGCCCUUUGGGGUCCGCGGCCGGCGAGGGGGACGCGCGCGCCCGAGCGCGCACGGAGCUUUGCAGCAUCUUCCCGCCGCAGCAGGUGGACAGCGUCAUGGCCCUGUUCCCCGCGCUCUCCGACGUCACCAGGCUGCUGCUCCUCAUCCAGAGCUUCCGCAGGGCGGCCGGGGCGCCCGUGGGAAACCCCUAA